AUGAUAAGAAAUAAACUAGGAUUCAAAGGAGACUACAUUGACAACUAUAGUCAUCAUGGUAAUGGUAGAUCGUGGGUUGAAUGGAAUCCUAACAAAGUAAGUGUGAGGUAUGUUAGUAGCUCGAGCCAGUUUAUACAUUGUGGAGUAUAUGCUCUUGAUGGAAGUUUUAACUAUUGGUUGACUGCCAUUUAUGCACAUAAUGAUUUGGCACAAAGAAAGAAACUGUGGAAGGAUCUUGAGGAUAUUCAUAAGAGUCAAACUGGACCUUGGUGUACUGUUGGUGAUUUCAAUAAUGUGAUGUCAAGCCAAGAUAGAGUUGGUGGUAAUAUAGUAACUGAAUCAGAAUAUGAGGAUCUUCAUGUCAUGGUGGAAAACACAGGGCUAGGAGAAAUGGAUAGCAAAGGUGAAUUUUACACAUGGACAAAUAAGCAAGCUAAUAACCCCAUCUACUCUCGGAUUGAUAGGCUAUUGGCUAAUGCUGACUGGUUCCACACUUACCAUCAAGCUACACUUACCAUCCUUCCCCCUCAUGUCUCAGAUCAUGCAAUCUUGUACCUGCAAAUGCCUACAGAACCUAGGGGUAAGAAACAAUUCAGAUUCAAUAAUUGCUGGGUUGAAACUAGAGGCUAUGCUGAUUGUGUGGAAAGAAGCUGGAAUCUGCCUGCUAGGGGCCCUCCUAUGCAGAAACUUUGGUUCAAAUUGGAGAGGUUGAAACCUGAGCUACUGAAGCUGCAGAAGCACACUAAUGAUAUUCAGAAUAACAAGAUUAAGGCUAGAGAUUUGCUGGACCAGGCCUAUGAGCAGCUUAGAAACCACAAUAUGGAUCCCACCACUAUUGCCUUGGUCAAGAGCAGGACUGAAGAAGUUCUUUAUUGGAAUGAGAUGGAGGAAACUAUGCUUCAGCAAAGGACUAAAAUUGACUGGAUAAGGCUAGGAGAUGGAAAUAAUGCUUAUUUCCAUGCCUGCCUUAAAGCCAAACAGGGUGCCCAAAGAAUAAAUACUGUUCAAAGAGAGGAUGGUGCUAUCCUCACUACUCAAGAGGAUAUUACUCAGGAGGUCCAUGGUUUCUAUCAGAAUCUUAUGGGGAAGGAAAACACAGGACUCCACCAGGUGGACAUUGAAGCACUCAGAGCUGGUAGCCAACUUGAUCAGGAUCAGAGAGAGCCUUGUAUUGGUGAUUUGAAAUCUCCUGGUGUGGAUGGCUAUGGAGCUAAGUUCUUCAAAUCAUGUUGGCAUAUCAUCAAGGCAGAUGUGGUUAUGGCAGUGCAGGAGUUCUUUGAACAUGAGAGACUUUUCUUGCCAUUUAAUCAAACUGUGGUUACACUGGUGCCAAAAACCAAAGAGGCAGCUUUCAUCCCUGGACAGAUUAUUCAUCAUCAUAUCAUGCUAGCUUAUGAAUUGAUCAAAGGCUAUAGUAGAAAAGGUGGAGCUCCAAGGGCAAUGAUACAAUUAGACCUUCAAAAGGCCUAUGACAUGGUUGACUGGCAUGCCUUGGAAACUGUUUUGAAAGAAUUGGAAAUACCUUGUAGGUUUGUCAACUGGCUUAUGAUUGUGGUGAGGACAGUCACUUAUAGAUUCAGGGUCAAUGGCAGCUUAACCACUGAGAUGCAGGCAAAAAGAGGAGUGAGGCAAGGAGACCCCAUAUCUCCACUCCUCUUUGUGGUAAUGAUGGAGUACCUGAACAGAUUGAUGACCAAAAUGCAAAAGGAUCCAAAUUUCAAGCACCAUCCAAAGUGUAAAAAAUUGGGGAUCACACAUCUCUCAUUUGCAGAUGAUGUGCUCAUGUUUUGUAGGGGAGAGUUUGAUUCUGUGGAAACAAUGAUGAAUAGCUUACAUACUUUUGCUGACACAACUGGGCUGAUUGUGAAUCCAAGGAAAUGUAAAGUGUUCUUUGGUGGAGUGGAUGAUCAUACAAAGAGGAGAAUUACUGCACUCACAUCCUUUGAAGAAGGGAAGCUCCCAUUCAGAUAUCUAGGAGUUCCUCUAACCACAAGAAAACUGAAUAUAAAGCACUAUCUUCCACUCAUUGACAAAAUUCUGGCUAAGGUGAAUCACUGGUCCUCUAGACUUUUGAGUAUGGCAGGUAGAAUCCAGCUUGUCAGAACCACUACCACUGCUAUUGCACAAUUUUGGAUGCAUUGUCUUCCCCUUCCAAAGACAGUCAUAAGGAAGAUAGAUGGGAUUUGUAGAAGCUUUGUUUGGACUGGGAAAGCAAUUGUCAGCAAGAAAAGUCCCAUUGCUUGGGAGUCAGUCUGCAAGCCAAAGAACAUGGGAGGUAUGAACAUCUUUAACCUUUCUCUAUGGAAUGAUGUAGCUCUGUUGAAAUGCUUGUGGAAUCUGAGUUUAAAGGCUGAUAACCUGUGGGUCAAAUGGGUGCAUACUCAUUACCUAAAGAAGGAAACAUUAAUGGAGGUGGAUAUUAGGAAUAGCUGCUCAUGGGUGAUAAAGAAAAUUCUGAGAUUGAGAGAGCAGCUUCCUAAUUUGCAGCCUACAUGGGAUCUCAUGAUUCAAAAGAGGAAAUUUUGUAUGCAUAGUGUGUAUGUCAAGAUGAUGGAGGCUGAAAGGGUGCCUUGGCGUUACUUAAUUCAGGAUAACUGUGUGAGACCUAGAGCUAUCACCCUCACUUGGAUGGCAUGCCAUGGAAGAUUAAGCACGAAGGAUAGACUGAGAAAACUGGGCUUCAUCACUGAUCGUGUGUGCAGUUUGUGUAAUGCUGAUGAUGAGACUCAUGAUCACCUUAUGUUUGGCUGCAGUGUUGCGAAGGGGAUCUGGAAUCAUGUACUCCACUGGCUGGGCAUUAAACACGAUCCUCAACCUUGGUCCAUGGAGAUUGACUGGCUCAUUCGUAUGAUUGGUAAGAAAGGAUGGCGGUUUAGAGUCCUAAAGAUUGCUCUAGCCGAGACAGUUUAUGAAGUUUGGCACUAUCGGAAUGAUAUAGUUUUUAGAGGAAAUACACAUAGAAGCAAUAGUAUAGAUAUUGCUAAUAGAAUCAUAGAGAAAGUGAUAUAUAGAGGGUGGUAUUCACCCAAAUUAAGAAAGCAAAUAGCUACCUUAAUGUGUUAA